UUUGCCAAAACCUUCAUCAAAAUAAAGAUGAUUUGAUUAACUAUUCUAUCCAAAAUAUCUGAACACCUAUGAAAGUGCUUGUACUGUUGUUGGGAUGUGGUGUAACUCAUGGCAAACACGGCGCUCCUGCAAGCAUCCCCAAAAGCUCUGAUGGGUGUUCAGAAAUCUCCGUGUAUCAGUCCUUCGAGAGACACCUAUCAGUUUCCUCACUUUUCCAGCUUCCUUACAAACCAAAUUUCCAUAAAUUCUGUUAAGAGAAGCUUCAAUAACAGUAUAAAAAUCAAUUCUAAAUGCUGCACGAAGUCCUUCAAUGGAGAAUUUGUGCAAGCUGAGAAGACCCACAUGGAGAAAAAUGUAAUGCAGAAGCAGGGGGACUCUGAAGGACCAGUAAACAAUCAGAAUGAUGCUGUGCAUUGGUCGACGACAGCAGCUUUUUCCGGUGUGGUGGCAUUGGUGCCAUUUCUGGUUGAUCCAGAGAAAGCUCUUGCGGCAAGUGGAGAGUUUGGAUUAUUGGAGGGUCGUUCUGCAGCUUUGAUCCACCCCAUUGCAAUGGGUUCUUUGUUUGUUUAUACUUUGUGGGCUGGCUAUCUUGGAUGGCAAUGGCGAAGAGUCCGAACUAUUCAGGAUGAAAUCAAUGAGUUGAAGAAGCAAGUGAAGCCCCUGCCCAAGGAAGAAAGCGAUGCACCUGCUCCCCCUUCACCCAUACAGACAAAGAUCCAGCAGCUCACUGAGGAGAGGAAACAACUGCUCAAGGGCUCAUUCAGAGAUAGACAUUUUAAUGCUGGCUCAAUUCUGCUGGGAUUUGGAGUUCUGGAGGCAGUAGGUGGAGGUAUCAACACAUGGAUGCGAUCUGGAAAGCUUUUCCCAGGACCUCACUUAUUUGCAGGAGCAGGUAUUACUGUUUUGUGGGCCUUGGCUGCUGCUCUGGUUCCUGCAAUGCAAAAGGGAAAUGAUGUUGCAAGGAGCCUCCACAUAGCCUUAAACAGUGUCAAUGUUGUACUUUUUAUUUGGCAAAUACCAACUGGCAUUGAAAUAGUUUUGAAGGUUUUUGAGUUUACAAAAUGGCCUUGAAGAUGAUUGAAUGCUAGUGUACAUCAAAAUUGAUUGAACAUUUAUUACAACAUUUAUUUUCUUACAAAAUGUUUCCUGAAACUUUAAUAGUUUGGAUUCAGUCCUAGAAACGUAGACAAAAUUCGUUGUUUUAUAUGAUUCUUUAAUUUAUUUUA